ACGCUGGUCUCUCUCAUUGCAGCCAGCUAUUUUUCGUUCUGUUUGCAGAUACUGAAAGUGUGAAACAUACAACAUGGUAAAAGGAAAGAUUACUGGACUCUCAGUUAAAGAUGUCCGGUUUCCAACCUCACUGGGUCAUCACGGCUCUGAUGCUAUGCACACAGACCCUGAUUACUCCGCAGCGUAUGUUGUCAUAGAAACUGAUGCAGAAGAUGCUUUAAAAGGCUGCGGUUUAACCUUCACUUUAGGAAAAGGCACAGAGAUUGUGGUAUGCGCUGUGAAAGCGCUGUCUCAUCUCGUGGUCGGACGAAAUCUUGAAGACAUUGUAACUAAUUUCCGAGAUUUCUACAGACAGCUUACAAGUGACGGACAACUCCGAUGGAUUGGUCCUGAGAAGGGGGUGGUACAGUUGGCUACCUCUGCUGUGCUCAAUGCAGUGUGGGAUUUAUGGGCCAAGCAAGAAAGGAAGCCUCUUUGGAAGCUGUUAGUUGAUAUGACUCCAGAACAGUUGGUGUGCUGUAUUGAUUUCAGAUAUAUAACGGAUGCAUUGACUGAAGCAGAAGCACUUGAAAUUCUUCAAAAUGGAAAACAAAGACAAGAAACAAGAGAGGAACACAUGUUGAAGAAUGGAUACCCAGCAUAUACUACAUCCUGUGCCUGGCUUGGCUACUCAGACAUACAGCUUCAAAAGCUAUGUGCUGAUGCACUAAAGGAAGGCUGGACAAGAUUUAAAGUAAAAGUUGGGGCUGUACAAGAUGACAUUAGAAGAUGCAAGCUUAUCCGGGACAUGAUCGGACCUGACAAUAAACUGAUGCUUGAUGCAAACCAGAGAUGGGAUGUAAAUGAAGCGAUUUCCUGGGUAAAAGAAUUAGCUUUGUUCAAACCCCUAUGGAUCGAGGAGCCAACUUCACCAGAUGAUAUACUUGGUCAUGGAACCAUUUCCAAGGCUCUAGCACCCCUGGGAAUCGGAGUUGCUACAGGAGAACAAUGCCACAACAGAGUAAUGUUUAAACAGUUCCUACAAGCCCAUGCCCUUCAGUAUCUCCAGAUCGACAGCUGCAGACUGGGAAGUGUGAAUGAAAACCUUUCUGUUCUGCUCAUGGCCAGGAAAUUCAAUAUUCCUGUCUGUCCUCACGCUGGAGGAGUUGGUCUCUGUGAACUGGUUCAACACCUGAUCAUAUUUGAUUACAUCUCAGUCUCAGGAAGCCUAGAAAACAGGAUGUGUGAAUAUGUGGAUCAUCUGCAUGAACAUUUUAAACACCCGGUGACUAUCCGCAAUGCAGCUUAUAUGCCUCCAACGGAUCCAGGAUAUUCCACUGAAAUGAAAGAAGACUCAGUGUUAUCGUACCAGUUCCCUAGCGGAGCAAUCUGGCAGCAGCUAAUUCAUGAGAAAAAGGCAGAAAUUUAGAAAGUAUAGGCGAAGCUAAACACAUGGCCUCAGACUUCUGGCGUAAGCAACUGAAAAUAAUCGUAUUUACAGCCCACGCUUAUUGUACACAUAUGUAUCCUCGUUCAAAGGGCCAUUCCCACCGGCAGCAGUAAUCCUUCAUUCUGAGGAUUAGGGGGGGGGUCCCACCAGUUGAACCCCCAUGAUGGCAUAUCAGUAGGAUAUACUACCUCUUACUACUAAAGACAUAUCCCUUUGAUCACUCAGUAAUUGAUGUAUGUAGCAGACACCGUAUUAUCAGCCCUAAUCAAUCAUCUCUUUACAACAUAUCUAUAUCACAUUUGACUCGUCUAUACUUAUGUUCAGCUUAAAAGAUAAUCCGUCACCAGGAUUCUGGGCUAUUAUCCGCAGUAACACAUGACUAGUACUGCACGUAAACAGUCCAGAUCACAUCCUUGGUUGAACUUGUCUUUUUCUACAGUAUUAACUAUGUAAUUUUUUUAUUUUCCUAUAACCCCUGUUCCCCCGCUGUCACUCAAAGCUAAACAGAAAUACAGUCUAGACUGCUGUGCCAACAUAAUGACAGCACAGGAAAGGCGGCCGGUAGAAAUAUAGCAAGAAGUAGUGAUCUGGACUCAUGUAUUACUGCAGAUAAUAGUCCAAGAUAGUGGUGACAGCUUCUCUUUAACCACUGGUUUAUACCCCCCUAGUGACCAGGCCCUUUUUUUUUACAAAUCGGCACUUCACAGCGUUAACGGUUUAUUGCUUGGUCAUGCAACUUGGCACCCAAAUGAAUUUUACCUCCUUUUCUU